AUGCUUAGUUCCGUAGAUGGGUUUGGCUUGUUGGGCGCGCGCUGAAGGGAAAACUAUUUGAAAGAAAAAUGGCGGAAGACGGAAAAGACGGGUGCGUAAACGUAGUCGAGGGUGAUAACCAGAGUGAGGUCAUCUCAGUUAAACGGACACCAAAACGACGCUCUUCUACAAGUCCCAGCGCAGCUCCCCCUCACAAGUCUCCCCGUAGCGACAGUAAAUCACCAACACCGCAGACAUCAGAUGGAGGUGAAGGACAGUCAGAGAGAGACAGAAAAGAAAUGCAGUCCGAAGACACGGAGGAUUCUGCUGGUCCCUCUGUCAGUCCCACUCCACGGAGGAAGUCCUGGAGAAGAUCCACAAUAAACCGACGCUCUCUCCCUGCCCUUCCCAACCCGUAUCAGGCUCUGUGCAGGAACAUAAGCACAUCCUUAUCACAGCAAGAGAGGCUUGAGAAAUUGAUGGAGGCUUCAAUGAAGCUGGCAAUAGAAAGAACUCAAAAUUUGCUGCAGUCCAUGCCAAACACAUCACUGGAGUCUUUUCAGAAACAAGUUGAACACAUCCAGAAAGAAUGGGGUUGCCUUGCCAAACGCAUAGACAAUGAACCACACCAACUCCCUCCUAGUGAAGCCAGUAAGCCUGCAAUGCAAGGAGCCAUGGAAAAAGUCCAGAGAGCCAUCAGCAGGCUGCAGGCUGAAAGUGAAUCUUGGGAGGCACUGUUGAACAAACAUCGGAGCAAAGCAGAGGAAUUGGAAAGGAAGGUGGAGCAAGGCCAGAAGACAGGUGUAUCCCUAGGCUCUACAUCUGUUGCCCAGUCGUCACAGCACCUUUUCAUACAGAGUAAACCAGACUACCAUGUUGUCCUCAGUAGACAGCAACCCAAGCUUCAGACUAUGGGAAAGAUUAUGGACACUCAGUGUAAGAUGGUUAGAGAGCUUCUGUCCAUCAAGGAGCACUCACAGCUAUUGGUGAAAGAGACCAGUGGCCGACUGGCGGCAGAGGAAGGAUUCCAGGAUCUUUCAUCUGACCUCCUCAGGAAUCUCAUAGCAGCACCUUUAUCCUCUGCAACUACAUAGUCAGUCUGUGGAAAGCCAGCAUAAACGGCCUAUCCUCUAAUAGAUCAUGGCUCUGUAUGACUUGUAUGUGAAACUCAAGUGUCUUUCUUGUUGAUUUUUACUGUUUUGACUUGGUUACAUGUCAUAUCUUUGCUCUGUCUUUGUUGUCUUGUUUUAUCAAUAAGUAAAAUAUUAUUAUUAUA